AUGUUCCGGGCGCUUGUUCUGCUAGUGGCAAGCUGUGCUGCAACUCACCUACGUGCUGGCAGCAAUGCCUCACGGUCAGCCUUGCGGGCCGGAUUGAGGCGACCGAGCUGCACUUGCGAGGCAAACAACCCGAGCUGGAAACGGCCCACACGGAGUGAGCCAAAGUGUGUCUUCAUCGACCUCGGCGCCGCCGAUGGCAACACCUUCGACAGCUUCUUGGCGGACGACUAUGGCCCUGUGCACAACUGCCCGCAUGGCGGGGAUUGGGAGGCCAUUUUGGUGGAGGCGAAUCCCAUGUUCAGCAAGAAGCUGCAGGCGUUGCAGAGCAACUUGCCGGGCAAGGUGCAAUCCUUAGCCUCCACCGCCGCCUACAGUUGCGAGACCACCACCAGCUUCUCCAUCGACGCCGAUGCAGCGCACAACUACUGGGCCUCCAGCCUGAUGGAAAACGUGGGCAGGAGACAAGUGACGGUGCCCACCGUCAACGUGAACAAGCUCUUGGCAGAGAGCGUGAUUCCAGGUGAUUGGGUCAUGCUCAAGGUGGACAUUGAGGGUGCGGAGUAUGAUGUGAUGCCCUGCCUAGCAGAGUUCAAAGAUGCAGAACUCAUUGAUGAGAUCUUCCUGGAAGAGCACUGGUGGUUCCCAGAUCGAACCGCAGAGCAGAAUGUGACGAUGAUUUUGGCCAAGGACAAGUUGAGAUCCAGGCAAGUCCAGACCUGGCUUCAGAAGGAGAAGGCGCCGCUGGAUGCCUUUGAGCCGCGGCCGCUGAUUCCAGGCCUGGUGGAAGCCGCGGAAGCCAAGGGAGGCAAGACCAUUGGCCGGGCAGUGGAGGAAGUCUUGGCAUGGCUUUCCGAGGAAGCCUUCACAGAAGCGGCGGCGUCCAGCCUUUCCGAGCUUCAAGCCCAAGAAGAGCAGCUUCUUCAGCAGGCCUUGGCAGCAUCUGCAGGUGAAGUUAGCUGGAGCUCUGAAGAAGACAGGCUCAUGGCAGCAGCCCUGGCCGCCAGUGCAGAGCAGGCAGUGGAGCAGUGCAGAAAUCACGUAGCCGAGGAGGAGGCUGACUUGCAGGCGGCACUGCUGCUUUCACGACAGCUUGCGCCAGAAGUUGUGGUCUCCAGUGAUGAUGAGGCAGGACUUGAAGAGCAACAGUCCAAGCGGCGCAAGGCUGGAAGUGGAUCGCCAGCGAUCUGA